CCGCCCGCCCUCCUCGAGGGCCCGCCGCGGCCGCAGCAGGCGGGAGCCGGCCGGAGAUGCUCCUGCCCUCCCGGGCGCCCUCGGCCCGCGCCACCUGCUCGCUGGGGAAGAGGACGCACAGAGGAGCAGCUGGCACACCCGGAACCCUCCAACCUUGACCCAAACAUGCAGGCCCCGCCUUGCAGCCUCCCUGCUGGGCUGAGCCUGGACGACUUCAUCCCUGGCCAUCUCCGGGCCCACGGAGGGUCAUCCUCCCGGGGGGCACGGGUGCCUGUGAUCCGGAAUGGUGGCUCCAACACCCUUAAUUUCCAGUUUCAUGACCCUGCGCCCAGGACCGUGUGCAAUGGGUACUUCCCCCAGAGGAGAGAUGCUUCCCGGCACCCAGACCCUGCUUGGUAUCAGACCUGGCCAGGUCCUGGGAGCCGGCCCUCUGGGAGCCAGAAGACCCCUGCCUCCCAGCAUCCCCAGAACUGGUCAGCUACGUGGACCAAGGACAACAAGCGUCAGGACAAGCGUUGGGUCAAGUACGAGGGAAUCGGGCCUGUGGAUGAGACCGGCAUGCCUAUUGCCCCCCGAUCUAGUGUUGAUAGCCCCAGGGACUGGUACCGGAAAAUGUUCCAGCAGAUUCACCGGAAAAUGCCAGACCUGCAGCUGGACUGGACCUUUGAGGAAUCACCCAAAGUGCCUUCCUCCUGUGCCGCCUCUACAGACUCAAGGCAUCCAGGGCCCCAGCAAAGACCAGUUGCCAGGCCGGGCCAGGCCUCUUCUCUGAGUGGAAGAAGCUGGAACCCCUCCGAAGAGUUUCCUAGAAGUACCUUCAACUGUAAUCCUGGAGCACCCUCCUCCUUACACCAGACCCCAAAGCAGGUACCCAGACGCCAAGAGAAAGCAGACAAUGUCUGGACGGAAGAUUCUUGGAACCAGUUUCUGCAAGAACUAGAAACUGGACAGAAGCCCAAGAAACCACUAGUGGAUGACCCUGUUGAGAAGCCCUCCCAGCCCAUUGAGGUCUUGCUGGAGAGAGAGCUGGCCAAGCUGAGUGCGGAGCUGGACAAGGACCUGCGGGCCAUUGAGACCCGGCAGCCGUCCCCGAAGAGCUCCCAGGCGCCCCGACGGUCCCGGGAGCCGCGGCCCCCAGCGCGCCCGGCCUCCGCCUGGGGCACCAGCUCCCCGAAUGCACUUUACCAGGGUUCCUCCCGGCCUCUGAGCCCCCACAGAAUGGCGGAUGGAGCGAGCCCCUUCCUAGGUCGUAGGGACUUCGUCUACCCUUCCUCGGCCCGAGACCCUAAGGCCACUGAACGCGGGGCCAGCCCAGUCAGGAAGGAAGAGAAGAAGAGGAAAGCUGCCAGACUCAAGUUUGACUUCCAGGCACAGUCCCCCAAGGAGCUGACUCUGAAGAAGGGUGAUAUUGUCUACAUCCACAAGGAGGUGGACAAGAACUGGCUGGAGGGGGAACACCAUGGCCGGCUGGGCAUCUUCCCUGCUAAUUAUGUGGAGGUGCUGCCUGCAGAUGAGAUCCCUAAGCCCAUCAAGCCCCCCACCUACCAGGUGCUGGAGUAUGGAGAAGCUGUGGCCCAGUACACUUUCAAGGGGGAUCUGGAGGUGGAGCUGUCCUUCCGCAAGGGGGAGCGCAUCUGCCUCAUCCGCAAGGUGAAUGAGAACUGGUACGAGGGGCGCAUCUCAGGCACCGGGCGCCAGGGCAUCUUCCCUGCCAGCUACGUGCAGGUGUGCCGUGAGCCCCGGCUCCGGAUCAGUGACGAUGGUCCCCAGCUCCCCGCGUCACCGCGCCUGACCACCACCGCCCAUCUGGCUCGGCACUCCAGCUCCCCAUUGACACCACACAGCCCAGCUGAUUCCACCGACUGGGGGAGCCGGACGUCCCCCCGCCGCACUGGCUUCUCCUUCCUCACCCAGGAGCCCAGAGCCCAGACCCAGGGUCUCAGCACCCCUGGGUCAACUCUGUCCCAUCCUGGAGACUCCAGCCGUCCCCUGGACCUGGGGACCCCCCCCACCACCACUCAGAUACACUGGACCCCGUGUCUCUCGGAGGACCCAGAAGUUUGGGACAUUCCCUGGAAAUUAUGUAGCUCCGGUGUGAGUCGUCUCCGUGGCAACUCAGAGCCCAGCCAGGAUGGGGUGCGGAGCAGUAGCACUUACAGGAAGGAAAGAGGAUCCCCCUCCAUCCUCUCCCCAAGAUCCGAGCUGCUGGCAUCUGCAGACUACCCCAGCAACCAUUCUCUGGAGCCCCCCUCAAAGCCCCCUGGAAUGCUUCCCACCCACAACUCACAAACAUUCCUCCAGCAGCCUUUUUAUUCCCCCCCUACCACACCCCUCAAAUAUAGAGGUCUGCUUUGAAGUGGAGACUGUUUCCAGGCCUUAUUGAGACCAGACCCUGGAGCCCCACUCCCCCCUGCCCUGCUAUGGCAUUUCCUCUAACAGGGACUGGCUCCCAGCUUCACCCCCAUGGGGUUCCUCUACCCAGAACCAGCUUUCCUAACCUAACAGAGACCAAAGGCCGCCUCUGCCUUGGGGGGCGGCAGGGGGGAGUCCUCUUUCACUCCAACUUGCCUGAUGCCCCCUUUGUCUUCCUGCUUCCAGCUGGGCUUGGGAGUGAAGUGGGAGAGAGACCCCGCACCUCCUUAGUGCCUAAGCCCUGGCAAGAGGCCUUGCCUGAACGUCCCCUCUUCCCAGAGGCUGCCCAGACCUGGGCCUGGGCCAUGCGUGUCAUCGUGUUGCUGCAGUGCCCAGGAAGGGCUGAGCCUCAGAGAACUGGCCGCCGCCCCGAGUGUUUUCUGGGGAGACUGAGGUGUGCUGCCCUCCUGUCUCACCCGCUCCUCCAAACCCCCAAAUCCCCCCUGGAAGAGAAUAUAAAAUAAAUCUGGAUACCAGGGA